AUGUUUUUUGAAGAGUCCCCUUCCCCACUGCCGUCUGCCUUCCGUCCGCCCCUGCGUCCCUCCAUCCGCCAACCGCCGCCGCCGUCGCCGCCGCCACCGUCGCUGCCGGCCGGUGCUCGCCACCACCGGCUUCUGCUCGCCGACGCCCGGAGUUUGCGGCUGCUGCCUCUCGCUACUCCCUGCCGCUGCCAUCUGGUGCUCGCAGCCGGCGCCGCCACCACCGGCUUCUGCUCGCCGCCGCCCGGAGUUCGCGGCUGCUGCCUCUCGCUACUCCCUGCCGCUGCCAUCUGGUGCUCGCAGCCGGCGCCGCCACCACCGGCUUCUGCUCGCCGCCGCCCGGAGUUCGCGGCUGCUGCCUCUCGCUACUCCCUGCCGCUGCCAUCUGGUGCUCGCAGCCGGCGCCGCCACCACCGGCUUCUGCUCGCCGCCGCCCGGAGUUCGCGGCUGCUGCCUCUCGCUACUCCCUGCCGCUGCCAUCUGGUGCUCGCAGCCGGCGCCGCCACCACCGGCUUCUGCUCGCCGCCGCCCGGAGUUCGCGGCUGCUGCCUCUCGCUACUCCCUGCCGCUGCCAUCUGGUGCUCGCAGCCGGCGCCGCCACCACCGGCUUCUGCUCGCCGCCGCCCGGAGUUCGCGGCUGCUGCCUCUCGCUACUCCCUGCCGCUGCCAUCUGGUGCUCGCAGCCGGCGCCGCCACCACCGGCUUCUGCUCGCCGCCGCCCGGAGUUCGCGGCUGCUGCCUCUCGCUACUCCCUGCCGCUGCCAUCUGGUGCUCGCAGCCGGCGCCGCCACCACCGGCUUCUGCUCGCCGCCGCCCGGAGUUCGCGGCUGCUGCCUCUCGCUACUCCCUGCCGCUGCCAUCUGGUGCUCGCAGCCGGCGCCGCCGCCACCGGCUUCUGCUCGCCGCCGCCCGGAGUUCGCGGCUGCUGCCUCUCGCUACUCCCUGCCGCUGCCAUCUGGUGCUCGCAGCCGGCGCCGCCGCCACCGCCGCCGCCCAGUGCUCACCGCUCCCGCCGCCGCCGCUGUUACCGGCUUCUAUAACUUCCAGCAAUAA